UCAAAGUCAACGUUUCCUCUCAACAAAUUUCAAUGAGAUAGUCCUUCGUUUUUGACUUAUGUUGUGAUUAUACACACUCUUAAAGUUCCAAGAUCUCGUCGAAUAUAAUAUUCAACCUUUGUAGUCGAGUUUUGACGUGUAAAUUAUGUUGUUUAGCGUAAGAAUAGUGUUUUUUAUAGCGGUGUUAGUGUGGACGCCAUCUUGUUGGUCUUUCUAUCUGCCUGGUUUAGCACCCGUGUCGUAUUGUGAGAAAGGAAAAGAAGAUCAAGGAUGCAAGUCCAAGAUUGACUUGUUUGUCAACCGCCUUGAUUCAGUGGACUCAGUCAUUCCUUACGAAUACUCAAGUUUUGAUUUCUGUCAAAAAGAUGGUAAAGCAAGCUCACCUUCUGAAAACCUGGGCCAGGUGGUGUUUGGAGACAGAAUCACACUAUCAUCAUACAAUCUAUCAUUUAAAGUGGAUACAAAAUGCCAGACCCUGUGUACUAAGACAUAUGACUAUUCUAAAACUGAAGACAAAACAAAGCUGGAAUUUUUGAAAACCGGAAUAUCACUGAACUAUCAGAACCAUUGGAUUAUCGACAACAUGCCAGUUACUUGGUGCUAUGAAGUGACUGACGAAGACAGGAAGUAUUGUUCUACUGGUUUUCCUAUUGGAUGUUAUGUGACAGCUGAUGGACAGGCAAGAGAUGCCUGUGUCACUAGUACCAAUUUUCGGGAUAAAGAUACACACUAUGUCUUCAAUCAUGUGGACAUUGAAAUUACUUACCAUAGUGGCCAUGGGGAAGAGUGGAAUGGCGCAAGGUUGUUGUCUGCCAAGCUCACACCAAGAAGUAUAAAGCAUGACAAACCAGGAGACUGUGGAUCCGAAAAAGUCCUUGGAAUUCCUCCUAAAGUGGAUAAGUUGAGCAUCACAUAUAGCUACUCAGUCCAAUACAAGGAAGACAACACACUGAAAUGGGCAUCACGCUGGGACUAUAUCCUUCAGUCUAUGCCGCAUACUAAGAUCCAGUGGUUCAGUAUCAUGAAUUCACUUGUAAUAGUGUUGUUCCUGUCUGGUAUGGUUGCUAUGAUUAUGCUGAGGACGUUACACAAAGAUAUAGCACGGUACAACCAGGUGGACACAGGGGAGGACGCACAGGAAGAAUUUGGGUGGAAACUGGUUCAUGGAGAUGUGUUUCGUGCACCGAGAAAAGGAAUGUUGCUGUCUGUUCUUCUUGGGUCUGGUUCACAGAUCUUCAUCAUGACGUUCAUUACAUUAGUUUUUGCCUGUCUGGGUUUCCUAUCUCCUGCUAAUCGUGGAGCCUUGAUGACCUGUGCUUUAGUUCUGUUUGUGUGUCUUGGAUCACCAGGAGGAUACGUGUCUGCCAGGAUCUAUAAGAUGUUUGGUGGAGAGCGCUGGAAAUCCAAUGUCAUCCUGUCUUCGUUCCUUGUUCCUGGUGUUGUCUUCAGCAUAUUUUUCCUGCUCAACUUAGUUCUGUGGGUUGAAGGUUCAUCUGCGGCAGUCCCUUUCACCACCCUACUGGCUCUUUUAGCUUUAUGGUUCGGCAUUUCUGUUCCUCUUACAUUCCUUGGUGCUUAUCUUGGAUUCAAGAAAUUGCCCAUUGAACAGCCAGUGCGCACCAAUCAGAUACCACGACAGAUCCCAGACCAGAGUAUCUACACCCGUGCAUUGCCAGGCAUUAUCAUGGGAGGUGUCCUGCCGUUUGGUUGUAUAUUUAUUCAGUUGUUCUUCAUAUUAAACAGUAUCUGGUCACACCAGAUUUAUUACAUGUUUGGUUUCUUGUUUCUUGUGUGCCUUAUCCUUGUCUUGACUGUAUCUGAGACAGCUGUUCUGCUCUGCUACUUCCAUCUGUGUGCCGAGGACUAUCACUGGUGGUGGCGUUCAUUCCUUACUGGUGGAUGUACUGCAGUAUAUUUCUUCCUGUACUCUAUUCAUUUCUUCUAUUCCAAACUGACUAUAAGCGGUACAGCAAACACUUUCCUGUACUUUGGAUACACCCUCAUCAUGGUCUGGAUAUUCUUCCUGUUCACAGGAACCGUGGGAUUCUUUUCUUGUUUCUUCUUUAUUCGUAAGAUCUACAGCAUUGUCAAAGUGGACUGAAAGACCUUGGCAUAGUUUUAUAUUCAAAACAGCAAGUAAUAAAAAUAAAAAAUUCUGAAGCCCUCCGCAGAUAUGUAUGCCAUACAAGUUGGUGAAUGUACAAGUGUAAAACAAGUUAGGGUGGGGUGGUAAACUGUUGAAUGAUGUUCAAGCAUACGAUAUAUGAUCUGUGCUAACCUAAUGUAAGUAGACCUCAUCACUGUAAUUCUUAGCAUUGAAGACUGUGUCAUUCCCUUGAGAAUAAGAUUGAGUCUCAUCUCUAGGUCACCAGUAAACAAGAAAUAUUACUCCAAGGGAAGGACACAGGGUUUGAAAUGAAAAACAGUGUUAAGGGCUAAUGCAGGCUAUGUAGUGCUAGAAUCAAUAAACUAAUAACCUCUAAUGGAUAACGUAGAGUUCAAAUAAUAAUUGCAGCUAUGCUAUGCCUAUUAUCCUGGGUUCCAGAGAGAAUAAUCAUUAAUGACAUGUUUUGUGAGGCUUAAAUUAGCAUGAUCAGUGAGCGGGAAUGCUAUAGAAGCCAAUAAGAUGCGUUUGGGACAAAACCUACAAAUACAGAUGGGUGCAAUUAUAUUCCCCUUAUAGGAUGUUGAAAUGCAAUGAUGGUGAGCAGUGGAACCCAGGGUAAUGGCUGACACUAUGGAGGUUGUCCUUAUGAGGGGUAUUCCUUUUAACCCCUGAAACAAAAAAUCCUGUAGUUGUCUUCUAAUCGUGGAAACAAAAAAGUAGAGCAUUCACAAAUUUCUGUAAGGUUAAUAAGUGUUUUAGGGAUUAUAUGGAGUUGGCUAUUGGUGAUGGACUAUAAACGUCUGAAAAAGAAUCAAAAAUAUAAAAUUACUGUUUUUAUUGCUAUGUGCCGAUUGAGGCAAUAGUCAUGACAGAGAAAUCUAGCAAUAGGCUGCCAUCAUGGGAACCUACCUGAAUGGUUUAUUUGGUGGUAGUUUAUUGGCUGAUUACUGUCCUGACUAUAUAUGCAGAUUACAUGCAUCCUUGGUUCAUUCCUUUUUGUAAGCUAAUAACAAAGGUUAUGCAUCUGUAUUUUAAGAUUUCACAAGGUAAAAAGAUUGCACUUAACCCUUCUACAGGCAGUUGAGAACAAAUAAAUUGUCAACUACUACCAUCCAGUUUACAGGUUAAUUGAAAUGACUUUACUACACAAUCUAGGUUAGUAUAGAACAAAUGGCAUGUAAAUGAAGUAGCAAAGUGUAUGUUUAUUAAAGUAAGGUCAAUAAUUAUUUGUCAGUAAAACUUAAAAUGUCCAAACAAAAAUGGGCAGCUGCAGUGCAUCUAGACUUGCUCCAAGUCUUGCUCACUAAAUUUUUUUCUUGCAAGCUGACAUUCAAAUAGUGCACUUCUGGUUAGGGCGGCUUCACCUUCUCGCUUCCUUCAUGCCAUUCCCCUUGAAAAGCUGUCGUAACUGGAAAUUCACUAUUUGAAUCCGAGCUUGCAAUGGAAAAAAUUAGCGAGCGAGACUUGUAGCAAGUCUAUGCAUUAGAUUAUCAUAUCUCCCUCUCUUCUAAAUUGAAAUGUUGCAUCCUCUUGAGUCUAUAUUUAAAAUUUGCUAAGGAGGCUUGGAGGAAGUUUAGAUAUUUGAAGGACCUCAGCACAGUGCAAUGUUCCUGGGGAAAGAAGGUGUGUGAUAACCCCAAGAAUGUCUGUAGGAGGCUAGUUUAGAGAUUGAUUUGUCUUCUUGUAGCAUAGUUACGUAUAUGCUAGUAAUUUUGUUUGGAAAACAACUUUGUCUUUGUCUUUAA